AUGGUUGAGGUCGAGAACUGGUCAGACCUCAACCAGACCAAGUUCUUGCCUGAGUACCUUCAAGGGCAGAUCCGCUUCGCAAAUAAAGGCACUCCGAAGGACAUCGGUGCGGUGCCAGGCUACGAUCGAACUUCUUACAACCGGCAGCCAGGGGAUUUGAGCAACCACAACAAUUGGCAAGUCGAUGGCGUCUUUGCGGGCUGGACUGCCAGCAACGUGGUAGCAACCUCGGCGCAGAUUGCGGACCUGGCAUGGGAGAUUUGGGGGCCUCCGAGCCGUGUGGCUCCCAAGGAGCUGACAGACCAAAUGAUACCUCAACACAUGCACAUCUAUGGACUCGGCGCCUUCAACGUUGGGCUCUUUUCAGCCGGGCAGUCCGGCAAGCUAGGAGUUGGCUAUGGCCAUCUGGGUGCCACUUACGGAUAUCAAAGCAUCGUGGGCUUCUUCCCUGAGCUCAAUAUCUCCAUAGCCCUGGCUACCAACAUCGAGACCGACAAGCAGGUGCAGACCCCUGACGCGCUGUGCUUCUCGUACAAUGCCGUGGCAGGUCUGAUCCUGAACAAGACCUUCCACUGCACCUUCAAGACAAUGGGCUACUACGGUGGUCGGUGUAAGUGCUCAGAGCAGGUCCCGGUCUUCGUGUGA